UAGCCUACCCUCGGCUCGCCUCCCAUACAUUGUGAGCGUUCAAAUCCUGUCAUUCACAGUAUUUCGUACUUCCUUUUCCCACAUCGCUGUUCAUUUUCCCCGCCUCCAUUCUCUCUGGUUUGCCUUCCUCUGACGAAGCUAGCCCGGGAGCAAGGAGCGGAAAAAGGUCGUACGGUGCCUCAAACUUCGUGGUAACUGGUUAUAGUCCCACAUUUUUCGGAUAUUGAGCGAGCGGUUGAAUUUCGUGGGGUUUGAACUUGAAGAGGUACGAUGGCGGAUAACGAAGUGAAGAGCGAAACUGUGGCAGAUUCUCCUACCUCUGUGCUCGAGGACGAGAAUUGCAAGGAGAACAUUAAUGUUGAAUCAGAGGUAUGUAAAGAAAAGAAUCUUAAGGAAGAGCCGCUGAUGGAAGAGGAGGAGACAGCAGAUGAGCCAAAGGAAGAACCUCAUUUGAGUGAUAUUCAGUUCCGUAAACUGGAUGAACUUUUAACACAGACUCAACUUUUCUCGGAGUUUCUGCUAGAAAAGAUGGAUGAUAUUACAAAGAGUCGGUUGGAGGAUGACACGAAACCCACUACAGGAGGCAAGAAAGGUAGAGGUUCCAAACGAAAGGCCGGUUCAAGUUACAAUGAUAGGAAAGCCAAAAGAGCUGUUGCAGCCAUGCUCACCAGAUCCAAAGACGGUGAUUCUGUAGAAGAUUCUGCUCUUACAGCUGAAGAGAAAGAUGAGAAAGAGCAAGCUGAACUGGUACCCUUGUUGACUGGUGGGAAGUUGAAGUCAUACCAAAUUAAAGGUGUAAAAUGGAUGAUCUCGUUGUGGCAGAAUGGACUGAAUGGAAUUCUUGCUGAUCAAAUGGGUCUUGGAAAAACAAUUCAAACCAUUGCAUUCCUUGCCCAUCUAAAAGGAAAUGGAUUGCAUGGUCCUUAUUUGAUUAUUGCGCCACUUUCCACACUAUCAAAUUGGGUGAAUGAAAUACGCAGGUUUGUGCCAUCUAUGGAUGUUGUCUUAUACCAUGGAGAUAAGACAGAAAGGGAAGAAAUUAUAAGAAAGCACAUGCCUCGGACUAUAGGUCCUAAGUUCCCAAUUGUCCUUACUUCUUAUGAAGUGGCUCUAAGGGAUGCAAAACGAACAUUGAGGCACUACAGCUGGAAGUACUUGGUAGUUGAUGAGGGACACAGGUUAAAGAACUCUAAAUGUAAAUUGGUGAAAGAACUGAAAUUCAUACCGGUGGAGAACAAGCUUCUCUUGACUGGAACACCUCUGCAAAACAACUUAGCGGAGCUAUGGUCGUUGCUGAAUUUCAUUCUUCCUGAUAUAUUUUCCUCUCAUGAAGAGUUCGAAUCAUGGUUCAACUUUUCAGGAAGGUCCACUAGUGAAGACCUAAAGGAAGAAAUAGAAGAGAAAAGAAAGGCGCAGGUUGUGGCCAAACUCCAUGCUAUUUUGCGUCCAUUUCUUUUACGUAGAAUGAAAGAAGAUGUGGAACAGUUGCUUCCUCGGAAGAAAGAGAUUAUUCUCUAUGCUACAAUGACUACCUGCCAAAAAGAUUUCCAGGAUCAUCUCAUUAAUAGAACAUUGGAAGGUCACCUCAGAGAGAAGACACAGUUUGCCUAUGGCAUGAAAGGGAAGCUCAAUAAUUUGAUGAUUCAGCUUAGAAAGAACUGCAACCAUCCUGACUUGUUGGAGUCUGUAUUUGAUGGUUCCUAUACUUAUCCUCCUGUAGAACAGAUAGUGGAGCAGUGUGGCAAGUUUCGGCUCUUGGACAGAUUAUUGUCCAAAUUAUUUGCCCUCAAGCACAAAGUUUUGAUAUUUUCUCAAUGGUGUAAGAUCUUGGACAUAAUGGAUUACUAUUUCAGCGAAAAAGGUUUUGAAGUCUGCAGAAUUGAUGGCAAUGUUAAAUUGGAAGAUCGAAGGAGACAAAUUGAGGAAUUCAAUGACGUGGACAGUAAUGUUCGAAUCUUUCUCCUAAGCACCAGGGCAGGAGGUCUGGGUAUUAAUCUCACUGCAGCGGAUACCUGCAUUUUAUACGACAGUGAUUGGAAUCCCCAGAUGGAUUUACAGGCAAUGGAUCGAUGCCACAGAAUCGGUCAAACAAAACCUGUUCAUGUAUAUCGACUGGCCACUGCUCAAUCUAUUGAGGGUCGAAUUCUGAGAAGAGCUUUUAGCAAGUUGAAGUUGGAACACGUGGUGAUUGGGAAGGGACAGUUCAAGCAGGAAAGAUCCAAGUCUGAUGGAACAGAUGUCAUGACUGAAGAGGAACUGCUGGCUCUUCUUCAAGACGAUAAAGAUGAAGAGGAUAAAUGGAUUCAGACAGACAUUAGCGAUGAAGAUCUAGACAAAGUUCUUGACCGUAGCGAUCUGGUUAAUCUAACAGAAGACCAGAAGGCAGCCAAGACGAAACCAAAUGUUGUUCCUCAAAAGGGACCUGGUUGGGAGGUGGUGAUCCCGACUGCAACCGGAGGAAUGCUGUCCACUCUAAACAGCUAAUAUGUCUGGUUCUUGCAAUGCUGCGCUCGACUCAACCCGACUCCCUGCCUUAUAGAUGAAGGUCAAAUUGUUUUGUAAUCUUUGCCCCCAACAUUUUCCCUCUCAAUUUUCAUUAAUACCUUGGGAGCAAUGCAUCAAACUCUACCUCAGCAGAUGCUGGAAUUUCGUAAUAGGUAGCUUGAAGUUGAUCGAUGAUGCGACGGCGAGCCGGAAGUCAUUUUGAAACCGCCGGUUCUUGUAGUUGAUCAAACUGUUUUGAUGAUGGAAACCCAGUUUGCAAUGCUGUUUUGAGUUCUUGAUCUGAUGAGUUCAUGCUACGUUCGAAUAUGUUGGUUUUGUUUUAUAAAACAGGUAGUAACGAAAAAUAGUAAAUUAGAAUAGCCUUGCAUUGGGAGUUUCAUUUAUUUGGAAA